UGACACCUCCCAGCGCGCGGCACUUGUUGCUCCCGGGACCUGCCGCCCAUCCUCGAGCCCACCUUGUCCGCCUCGUCCUCUGCCCUCUCCUGGCUUCUCUCUUUCCGUGCGAUCGCCCGGAACAUCGAUCCCUCAGGCACCGCUGUCACCUGCUGGGGAAAUAGAUUAAAGAAACUAGAAAAAUAAACGCCCUCCGUAGGCCCCCCGCGCCUUCCCCGGGCAGCAGCAGCAGCAGCAGCAGCGGCAGGAGCGCUGGCCUGGGCGCCGCAGAGGUGGCGCCUCCCCGGCCCGGGACGCUGGCCCCGGGCGCCGACGGCAUGACGGACGCGGCGACGGCUAACGGGGAAGACCGGGACCCCGAGAUCGAGCUCUUCGUGAAGGCUGGAAUCGAUGGGGAAAGCAUUGGCAACUGUCCCUUCUCUCAGCGUCUCUUUAUGAUCCUCUGGCUGAAAGGAGUUGUGUUCAAUGUCACCACGGUGGAUCUGAAAAGAAAGCCAGCUGACCUGCACAACCUUGCCCCUGGUACCCAUCCACCCUUCCUGACGUUCAACGGGGAUGUGAAGACAGACGUCAAUAAGAUCGAGGAGUUCCUGGAGGAGACUUUGACCCCUGAAAAGUACCCCAGACUGGCUGCGAAACAUCGGGAAUCCAACACGGCAGGCAUCGACAUCUUCGCCAAGUUCUCCGCCUACAUCAAAAACACGAAGCAGCAGAGCAACGCUGCCCUUGAGCGAGGCCUGACUAAGGCUCUGAAGAAGCUGGACGACUACCUGAACACCCCCCUGCCGGAGGAGAUCGAUGCGGACACUCGUGGGGAUGAUGAAAAGGGCUCCCGGCGCAAGUUCCUGGAUGGGGACGAGCUGACCCUGGCCGACUGCAACCUGUUGCCCAAGCUCCAUGUGGUCAAGAUUGUGGCCAAGAAGUACCGCAACUACGAUUUCCCGGCUGAGAUGACGGGUCUGUGGCGGUACCUCAAGAACGCCUACGCCCGGGAUGAGUUCACCAACACCUGCGCGGCCGACAGCGAGAUCGAGCUGGCCUACGCGGACGUGGCCAAGCGCCUCAGCCGAUCCUGAGCUUGGCCGUCUCGCCCCAUCGCCGCUGCAGAAGGACUCCACCGUCGCCCCAAGGACUCCGGCUUCACACACUCCUCUUCCACGCCGCCUCUGGAAACUUCUGUCUCCAUCAGGCCACGUCUCGCUGGCAUCCUUGGAACCCCCAGCCUGCUGGCGUUGACCAGAGUCAGCGCCAUCCCCCUCUGGUCAGGCAGGAAUCCCGCAAGCAGAAAUGAGAGAAACGGUCAAGCUGUCAGCCUUUCGGACCUGGACUGGGUUCCGUGUGUUUGGGGCUGGUGCCUGGGGAACCCUGUCUGUGGGAUUGUCACUGGCCCCUUUUGCCAAUAGUGAAAUAUCUCCUCAGAUGCAUUAGAAUUCUGCAACACGC